GAUUAUGUGAAUUGUGUAACAGCAUUAGGUGGUGACAAAUCAUACAUGUCACAGAUGCUAGAAGUUUUAUUUAAGUAAGCAAAUAUAAAUCAAUACUUAAAGCUAUAAUGUGUAAUUUACAUUAAUACCAAGAUUUUUAGCCAAUAUUGGAGGAGGAUUAUAAUUGAUUGGCCAUGAAAAAGUCAUACAGGAAAUCUAGACACUUAAUAUAUUUUUUGACUUAUAAGGACCUUUACAUAUUGAAGUAAAUUUGAAAAAAUGUAUGUCAGAUUGAUUCACUUAUUCAGGAAAACUAAGAGAUAAACAAUGUAUGUCUGCUGAUUUUAUUCAAAGGCUAAAUGAGCCAGAAAAUGCAGAGAUUUUGCCACCUGUAAUAAAUAUAAUCUCAAAAGGAAUGAUUAGGAUUUAUAUGUACAUGUACAAUGUAUAUGAUAUAUGAAUUGUAUACAAGGAAAACUAGAGAAAAAAAGAUGGAAAUGUUCACAUUUGUAUAUUAUUGACUUAUAGACAAUUUAACAUUAAUUAUCUUAGAAAAUAUUCUGUAAUAUGGAUUUCCACUAUUAAAUUCUGAAACAGAUGCUGUAUAUUUCGAUUUCUAUCACGUAAAGCUGAUUGAUUAAAUUUAUUCACAAAAAAACAACAGAAAUUGUAAAAGAAAAAUGAAAAAAAAACAGUAUUUGUUAGUUCCUUUUGUAUUGCUUUCUACUUCUCAGGAACUAGCUAUAGACCAUGUUGUUUUUUAUGGAUAGAGUUAAGCUUAAUAAAAGCAGGUUGACUUGAGAUUUUCAUUUAGAAACCAGUGUCCUAAUGAAGAUUAUAAAACCAUUGAUUAAUCUAGGGAAAAACAAUGUGUAUUCAGUUUCAAUAUUGAUGGAAUUAUUAUUCUGUAAAACUCAAAAUGAAAAAAAAAGAUUGCAUUAACUUCAGCCAGAUUUAAUGAUUCACAGGAAGCUAGAAGUACACAAAUUGUGGUCAAACUGGAAUGUAUAGUGUUUGUUGUUGAAAUUUUUUUUGGGGGGGAUAUUGAUAAAAUAUGUGAAUACUCAUGUUCUUCAAUUUCGGCAUGUUUGGAAAAAUUUGUGGAGUUUAUAUGAAAGCAAUAAUUAAUUCUGAUUCAUUUGUAAACAGCCAGGAAUGGACAUUGAGCAGAUCAGUACCAGACCUCAAAUUGGGAAUUUUAGGCAGUGUUCACAGUGGGAAGUCAGCAUUGGUGCAUCGAUAUCUAACUGGUUCCUACAUGCAAGAAGAAUCUCCAGAAGGUGGUCGUUUCAAAAAGGAAGUAAUAAUAGAUGGUCAGAGUUACCUACUUUUGAUAAGGGAUGAAGGAGGAUCACCUGAAAUGCAGUUUACACACUGGGUUGAUGCUGUGAUAUUUGUGUUCAGUCUGGAGAAUGAGAUGAGUUUCCAAACAGUGUACAGUUAUUUUGCCAAAAUGGCCCAUUACCGCAAUGCUGCAGAAAUCCCUUUAAUACUAGUUGGCACUCAAGAUGCAAUCAGUGAAAGCAAUCCCCGUGUUAUAGAUGAUACCAGAGCCAGAAAACUCGCCAAUGACCUUAAAAGAUGUUCAUAUUAUGAGACAUGUGCAACAUAUGGUUUGAAUGUUGAGAGAGUGUUUCAAGAUGCUUGCCAGAGAAUAGUCCAAACUCGUUACCCAUCGCUUUCAUCAUCACCAAUGCCAAGUGUUCCUAUGACCCCAGUUCAUUCUCAUAGAGCAUACUUCAUAUCGCAAUCAAAUGCUAGCAAACCAUUCGAUACACACAGUACCAGUAGUCAGUCUACAUCAAGUUCUGGUACCCUUGUCACAGUAACACCUACCAGCAGUACCAGUAGUAUUGUACAGAGCCAAAGUAACUUAAAAGAAGAAAAAAGUAAGGAAAAAGAAGGAAAGUCAGAGAAGCAAGAGAAAAGUGAUAGAAAGAAAGAAAAACAAAUGAAGCAAGAACAGAAUCAGUUAGAUGAGGCUGACAGAUGGGAAAUUAAUGAUAUAUCUACCUCUACACCACUAUCCUCACGUAAAAACAAGAAAAUGUCUGUUAUACAGAAGUCCAAUUCAUUCAGUGGAGCAACAGAGCUGCGACAACAGACACUGAAUCCUUCCACUACCACACCUAUUUUGAGUCGGAAAAAUUCAAAGUUUUUAAAAUCAUCUUUCCUAAGUGACAAACUGGAUAAGUAUAUGAUGGAAUUACAUAUCCAUGAAAAUUCUCCUUUCACUCCACUUCUGAAUCGAAUGACUCGUGUACGAUCCAGUCUGGUUCUAGAUAAAUCUGAUUCCAAAGAUCUGCCAACACCAAGCAGUACACCGACCCAGAGUCGGAAAAAUAGACGAAGAUCCAACUUGUUUAAUAAUCCGAAAGGAAAGGAAGAAGAAAAGAAAGUUCCAGAAGGAGAGAAAGUGGGGAGUGGUAGAGCUAUUCCAUUGAAGCAAGGCUACUUAUAUAAGAAGAGUCAUGGCUUAAACAAGGAAUGGAAAAAGAAAUAUGUUACACUGAGUGAUGAUGGGAAAUUGUCUUAUCAUCCAAGUCUGCAUGAUUAUAUGGAUGAUAUUCAUAAGAAAGAGAUAACAUUGAUGCAUACCACAGUAAAAAUUCCUGGAUUACGACCAAGGACAACAAAAACCAUCCCAAAUUAUCCAGCUCAGCAUCCAAACCAAGAGGCUAAUGGAAGUAUAAAAGGAAAAUCAAACAAAGAUAAAGAGAAUGUACAGCUAACAGGCUUUGAUGUAGUUAAACAACGUCAUUCUUCAAACUCUGAUAACAAUUUUACUCAGCCACAAGUUAUUCCAAAUGGCGAUAGUUUGAAGCUGGGUGUCAAUGGUAGCAGUGUGGGUUCAAAAAUAGAGACACCAAAUGUAAAGAAACGACAUCGGAGAGCGAAAAGUGGUGGUAUUAAAAAUUUUGGUCCAGGAGAUGGUGAAGAUUCAGAUGGCUAUGAAUUUAUGAUUAUCUCGUUAGAAAAUAAGCAAUGGCAUUUUGAAGCUACUGAUUGUAAUGAACGUGAUGAAUGGGUAAAUGCAAUAGAACAGCAAAUACUCAACUGUCUACAGGGCAAUGAAAGUAGUAAAUCCAAGAAACAUUUAACAGCUGAUCCUGCUGGUGUACAGACUAUUCGGGGGGUUCGUGGAAAUAAUGUCUGUGCUGACUGUGGGACAGCCAACCCAGAUUGGUCUAGUCUUAAUUUGGGUACUUUAAUCUGUAUAGAAUGCUCAGGGAUCCACAGAAAUUUGGGAACACAUUUAUCUAGAGUUAGAUCUUUAGAUUUAGAUGAAUGGCCACCUGAUCUUCAGAGAGUAAUGAUGUCCAUAGGGAACAGUACAGCAAACAGUGUUUGGGAGGCUAAUAUUAAAGGUCGACCAAAAGUUAUACCAUCCUCAUCAAGAGAAGAAAAAGAAAGAUGGAUAAGAUGUAAAUACGAAUCUAAAGAAUUUCUGCCACCAGCUCCUUAUGUAGAUAUUCCUUUAAAUCAGCAAUUAAUAGAUGCGUUAGUACGUGAAGAUAUACGAAACAUAAUACUGGUAUUAGGACAUAGUCAUUCAGAUGAUAUCAACUCUCCAUAUAGUAAAGAUGAUGGAAGGACAGCACUACACAUUGCUGCAGCCUUAGGAAAUGUGGUGUUUGUACAAUUACUUUUGUGGUAUAGUGCCAAUGUGAAAGUUGUUGAUCAUGAAGGUAGAAAUGCAUUAUGGUAUGCCAAGAGUUCUGGAUCAUCAGAAUGUGUUGAACUAUUAACAACAAAUGGAUGUCCUGAAAAUCCAACACUGCCACGGAGACGAACUAGUGUUCAAGCAGGAAAAAAUGAUGUUUUUGAAAAAUUACCUGCCAGUGUUAUUUGAUUUGUUAUAGUGUUUGUUAGGCUUACUCAAUUAUAAACAAUCAUAAAGUGCUGUGAUGGGGAAUUUGUCAUUUAAUUAUACAUUAACCCUGAGACUGUCAAUGUAAAAAUUCUUUCUUUAAGAAAUCUCAUUUUUGUCUUGGAAGCGAGACAUAGCAAUCAUAUAUUCUAUUGUUGGAGGGUCAACAUUUAGGUUAGUCUGUGGUUAAAUUUUUUGUUUAAACAAAUAAUUGGUAAAAAAUGUAUACAAGCUAGUUAGCUUUAUAAACAUAAUAUUGGAUGAAAUAUAAGAUAAUUUCUGUAACUUUAUUGAAAAUAGUUCUUAAGGAAAGGGAAUAACAAAUGAACUAAAUGUCAAGGAAUAUUCUUAUAAAAGUCAUCUUGUAUACUGAUAUAUACAAGGAAAUCUUUCUUCAUUAAAUUAAGGGUGUGAUUACAGAUGCUUUAUUCGAGAGCAACACCUAGUAGGGAUUUUGUGAUAAAUGCAACAUUUUUCUACAAAACAUUAAUGUAUAAAUGUUCAUUCAGGAUUUUAUGUUUAAAUAUAUCACUUUCUUUGUGAAAUGACUUACUGGACAUGCCUAGAAAUUCAUUACAAAAAAAUCUAAAGGUAGAAACUAUACUUUCAACGGAUUAAGUCUAAGAAUUGGCUAUUUUGUAUCUAAUUAGUUUAAACUUAAUAUCUUGGGAUGAAUAAAGGAAUAAUAAUACAUUUUGAUUUUCAGGGUUGAUGUAUGAUUAAAUUAUAUAGUCCUAUAGUAUUAUAUGAUUUGUCAGGGGUCAGUGCAAAAUUGUGCAAUUAUCUAUUGAAAGGUUGUAUAGUUAUUCAUUUAUUUAUUAUCAUUAAUUGCUCAUAAGUUGAGAUUUCAUUUGUUCAUUUGUGGAGAAGAACUUAGCUUGUUUCAUAAAACUCUUUGUAAAAUUAAUCAUUCAACUCUGAACGUGUUAUGUGCAAUUUAGUUUUGAAAUUUUAACCAGCAAAACAACAAUUUCUGUAAUAUUUUACAAUAAUGUGCAUGUUGCAUUUGUUAUUAGAUAUUUAGAUUAUUAUCAUAUGCAUUGUUUAAGGUUACCGGUUAUUGACAAAGAGUCUGCACUCAUGUUUAUAUUAACACGCUAUGUUUGAGUUGGGGAUAAGAAACCAUGGAUAUGUUUUGUUUUACUUUUACUGAAAUUUCACUUGGAGCUUACUAAUACUGUAUAACAAGUCACUUGGAUCUCUUGUUUCUUUAGAAAUUAUAGUUCUGUGAAAGUUCAAAUGGUUAUAAAGAAUAUCAGUUUAAAUGGGACCAAAGCAUACACAAUCAUACAUGCUGAGUACAGCUAUGUAGUCCAAAGUUAGAUAAAAAGGCUAGUUGAGUCAUAUAUAUAUAUCAAUGAGUAUCAGUAAUAAGAUAUCGGAUAUUAACCACAAAGGAGAAGGUAUGAUAAGGCCACUUUCAAGGCCCUUUGAAUUCAAAAAUUAAAAGAGGAUUAUAAAUCUAUCAAAAAAUAUCAUUCAAAUGUUCACAAGACAUUAGUUUGCUAGAUAUCAAUCUAAUUAAAAACCUAUAUUGCAUCGCUCCCGUUAUCUGAUAAGUCUUCAUGCAAAAUAUAAGAAAACAGGAGUCAUAUGAGAUCAGCUUUUGAUUAGAUUGGUCAAAUAUCAUUAUGUAUAUCAAAUUGUGUCUUGCAUGUUUGUUUUAGGCUUCAAAUUUCUUCCAUUUGAUGCAACAAAGCAAAAACUGCAAAAUGGUCCUCAUUUUUAGCUCACCUGACCUAUAGGCCAUGUAAGCUUUUGCCAUCACUAGGUGUUCGCCAACAUAGUCUGCAUCUUUUGUCCUAAACUUUUUUAUGCCCCCGCCAUAGCAGAGGGGACAUUAAGUUUUACCCUUGUCGAUCUGUACGUCCGUCCGUCCCAAAAUUGGUUUCAGUUCUCUAACUUUAGUUUGCCUCAACGAAAUGUUAUAAGUCUUAUACUCAAUGCUUAUUACCACAAAACACAGAUCCAGAUUGAAUUUUGGUGGCGUUUCUUUUACAGUUCUAGAGUAUUGCCCCUUUACAAAGGAAAAAUUGCUGAAUUUUUCGUUUUCCUUCUCUAACUUUAGUUUGCCUUAACCAAAAGUUAUGAAACUUAUACACAAUGCUUAUUACCACAUAAUUUCGAUCAAGUUUGAAUUUGGAUGGCGUCACUUUUAUCAUUCUAGAGUAAUGCCCCUUUACAAAUGGAAAAUUUGCUGAAGUUUUAGUUUCCGUUCUCUUACUUAAGUUUGCCUCAACCAAAUGUUAUGAAACUUAUACACAAUGCUUAUUACCACAUAACACAGAUCAGGUUUGAAUUUUGGUGUCGUCACUUUUACUGUUCUAGAGUUAUGCCCUUUACAAAUAGAAAAAUUGCUGAAUUUUUCGUUUUCAUUCUCUUGAGUUUGCCUUAACCAAAUUUUUAUGAAACUUAUACACAAUGCUUAUUACCACAAAACUCAGAUCAAGUACAAAUUUGGGUAGUGUCACUUUUACCGUUCUUGAGUUAUGUCCCUUUAUAACGUUAUAUGCAAGCGAGGGCAUCAUCUGUGUCCAUGGGACACAUUCCCCAUUUAUUUAAAAAAUCUAUUAAAAUAUUACCAAACUUUGCUUGAAUGUUGCUUAUAGUAUCUAGUUUAAAAGUUGUAUCUGGGGAUUUCAUCUAUCAAUAAACAUGGCCGCUGUUUCUAAAAAUAUAACAUGUGGUAAAAUACAAUUUUUGGCUCACAUCUCAAAAACUAAAGCAGUUAGAACUAAACUUACUGGAUAAAAAUGAACAGCACGUCAUAGUCUUAUCUUCAUUCAAAUUUUCAGAAAAAUCCAAUAACCAAUUUUGCAGUUAUUGCCCUUGAAAUGUCAUUUUUUUUUAUUUCACAGUUUUUGGUAUAUAGCUUAAAAACUAAAACAGCAAGAGCAAAAUUGUUAGAGUAUAAUCAAUGUCUAUCUCCUGUGUUUUAGUUUCAGAAAAAAUAGGAUAAUUGAAUUUGGAGUAAUUGCCCCUGAAAUGAGUAUUUUUGGCAAAUUUUGAUGUUUUUGGUUAUUAUCUUGAAACUUUAAUAGAAAUAAAUUUUAAACAAUAAAAAUUACCUGAACGAUAAGAUCUACAAAAAGUCAGCAUAGGAGAAAUCACCAAUUGAUGCCUUAUAGGAGUUAUUGACCUUGAAAGACAGUUUUUACCCACAGUAGAUAGAGAGAAACUAUGAAUAACAAAAAGUUCAACACAAUAAGAUCUACAAGUAGAUCAACAUGGCUGAAAUUGUUAAUUGACUCCUUAUAGGAGUUAUUUCUACUGAAUGAUGAUUUUUACCCAUUUUUUGCAUUUUUGUCCAAAUAUUAAAAGAAAAUCGAGAGAAACUUGAAAAAGCUAAAUAAAAUCUAUAAAAAAGUCAAUGUGGCCAAAUUGAUAGUUUGUAUAAAGAAUGUAUUUUCCUUAAAUAACCAUUUUUUGUUAUUUUUUUCCAAUUAUCUUCAAAACUUUAAUAGAUAGAUCACCAAUACAAUAUGUGCAAAAAUAUCAGUAAAUAAGAUUUACAAAUAAGAAAAACAACUGAUUGCAGUAAAGGUAAAAAUGAAUAUCAAAAUGACAUAUUUUUACCAGGUGAGCAAUACAGGUCCUUGGGAGCCUCUUUUUUUUAUCUUGAUGUUUUGACAUGAGCUAUUAAGACCUUACCCAAAAUUAAUUUUGCUUCAAGAUGUCUAAUUCUAAUGUGUAUGCAUGAUUUUGAAAGGAUAGAAAAAAUUCCUGUUUUUUGCAAAUUCAGGGGCCAAAUUGUGGCUCUUAUUAAAUAUUCUCUUUUAUUGCUGAAUCACUUUCGAAAAUAACAUUAAAUUUGUAAAACAUAAACAAAAUAGUCAAGUUACAUUAGAAUGCAUUUAGAAGAAAGACACCUUUAGAAAAAGACUAGAUCUGACAAAUCAUAUAAAUAUAUAAUAUUAACAGUUUUACUGCAUAUCUUUAAUGUGAUUUUAUCUAAUUUUUAUACGACCGCAAAAAUUAAAAAUUUUUUGGUCGUAUAUUGGUAUGACGUUGGCGUCGUCGUCGUCCGAAGACACAUUGGUUUUCGCACUCUAACUUUAGUUUAAGUGAAUGGAUCUCCAUGAAAUUUUACCAUAAGGUUCAAUACCAUGAAAGGAAGGUUGGGAUUGAUUUUUGGGGGUUAUGGUACCAACAGUUAAGGAAUUAGGGUCCAAAAAGGGGCCAAAAAUAAGCAUAUUUGUAACUUCCAGACAAUAACUUGUGUGUAAGUGUAUGGAUCUCUCUGACAUUGUACCACAAGGUUCCAUAUCACAAAGGGAAGGCUGUAAUUGAUUUUGGGGGUAAUUGCCUCAAAAUUUUAGGAAUUAGGGGCCAAAAAAGGGGCAAAAAACAAGCAUUUUUCUAGUUUCAUGACAAUAACUUGUGUGUAAGUGUUUGGAUAUUUCUGAAAUUGUACUACAAGGUUCCAUAUCACAAAGGGAAAGCUGGAAUUGAGUUUGGGGGUAAUUGCCCGAAACGUUUAGGAAUUGGGGGCCAAAAAUAAGCAUUUUUCUAGUUUCCAGACAAUAACUUGUGUUCAAGUGUAUGGAUCUCUCUGAAAUUGUACUGCAAGGUACCAUACCACAAAGGGAAGGCUUGGAUUGAGUUUAGGGGUGAUGAAUCAUAAGGGGGUUCAAAAAAUUUGGGGGGGGAUUUUUUUUUUUUUUUUUUUUUUUUCUUUUUUUCCUUUUUUUUUCCUUUUAAAAUUUUCCAUUUUAAGUUGGUUAUUUCUGAUUUAUAUUUAAAAGCAAAUAAUAAUGAUAUGGUAGGAGAUACACACCAAACAGGAUGUGUAAAUUAUUAUAUAAUAAGUAUUGUGCAAUAGCAAGAAAUUUUCAAUUGCACAGUAUUGCACAAUAGCAAGAAAUCUUCAAUUGCACAGUAUUGCGCAAUAGCAAGAAAUCUUCAAUUGCACAGUAUUGCGCAAUAGCAAGAAAUAUCCAAUGGCACAUUAUUGCGCAAUAGCAAGAAAUUGUCAAUUGUGCAGUAUUGCGCAAUAGCAAGAAAUAUUCAAUUGCACAGUAUUGUGCAAAAGAAGAUACUUCGUAUAAAUUGCUUAUUUCUUGAUCAAUUUCAAUGGGGUUUUAUUCUUGAAUUCUUGGGGUUCUUUAAUAUGCUGAAUCUAACCGUGUAUUAAGUUUUUGUAUUUUGGGCCCCGUUUUUAAAUUGGUCCACAUUGAGGUCCAAAGGGUCCAAAAUUUAACUUUGUUUGAUUUCAUCAAAAAUUGAAUUGUUGGGGUUCUUUGAUAUGCCGAAUCUAACCGUGUAUUUAGAUUCUUAAUUUUUGGUUCCGUUUUCAAAUUGGUCUACAUUAAGGUCCAAAGGGUCCAAAAUUAAACUUAGUUUGAUUUUAACAAAAAUUGAAUUUUUAGGGUUCUUUGAUAUGCUGAAUCUAAACAUGUAUUUAGAUUUUUGAUUAUGGGCCCAGUUUUCAAGUUGGUCCAAAUCUGGGUCCAAAAUUAAACUUUGUUUGAUUUCAACAAAAAUUGAAUAUGUGGGGUUCUUUGAUAUGCUGAAUCUAACCAUGUAUUUAGAUUUUUGAUUUAUGGGCCCUGUUAUCAUUUUUUUCCACAUUGAGGUCAAAAGGGUCCAAAAUUAAACUUUGUUUGAUUUCAUCAAAAAUUGAAUUCUUGGGAUUCUUUGAUAUGCUGAAUCUAACCAUGUAUUUAGAUUUUGGAUAUUGGACCAUAAUAGGUGAAUGUCCAAUUUAAAAUUUUUAAGUUCUUAGACCACAUUCAUUCUGUGUCAGAAACCUAUGCUGUGUCAAAUAUUUAAUCACAAUCCAAAUUCAGAGCUGUAUCAAGCUUGAAUGUUGUGUCCAUACUUGCCCCAACUGUUCAGGGUUCGACCUCUGCGGUCGUAUCAAGCUGCGCCCUGCGGAGCAUUUUAUUUAUAUUUAUUAAGAUCAAUAUUUAUUUUGAUAGUUGUACUAAGUCGAGAAUUUUAACCAAGUUGAUGAUUUUUUUUUUUUUUUACAUAAUCUGGAAAAGUCCUGAGUUCUUUUCAGUGAAUAACUUAGUACCUUUUACAUUUUGCAGUUAUGCUAUGAUAUAUUUAUAUAUAUGUCACUGACACAAUUUAUGUUCAUUUAAGGCAUCUUGGUGUACUUAAAUAAAAAGACAAAUUUUAAUUAAAAACUUUGGCUGAAGAUACUUAUGCUUUAAACAAUUGGAUUUCUUACUUACAGAUAUUGCUGCUUAAGACUUUAGAAGUAAUUAUAAAAAAAAAACUGAAAUAGUUUAAUAUAAUGUAGUUGCAUAAGGCUAAUGCCUUGUAUAUUCCAUCAAAAUAUAAAUUCUGUAGUCUAGAAAAAAAAUCAAACUUUAUAAAAUGCCAUGUCCAAUGCAAAGUUACACAAUUUAAGUGAUAUUUGCAUAUUUGGAAAAACUAGUUAACCCUUUCAUAACUUCUUGUCAGACUAUAUUAGGUUUAGUAACAAGGACAUUUAUAAAUACUAAGAAACGAUUAAAGAAUUAUUAAUCAUGAAAAGAAAAGGUAUAUCAGAAAUCAUAUAAAUUACACCUAGAAUUUGUUAUAUAGAAUAAGUGGAAAGAAAGAUUUUUUAUAUUUUUAUGACUUAUCAAUAUACAUUUUUUAUUAUGGAGAUUUUAUCAAAUAUUACAGAUAAGUAGAUAGAUAAAGGAAUCUUUAAAAAAAAUUCAUUGUAGCAAAAUGGAAAGUGUUUAUAAAGCCUUUUUAAAUGAUUAUGACAAAAGUGCAUGAUCUUCAAAAUGUAUCAAGACCCAAUGAUAUACGAGACAGAUGUAAUGAUUGGAAAUGUUUCCAUUAUUAUUUUUCAAAAACCACUCAUCAUUCAACUCAAAGUAAAAUGUAUUGAUCUUAUGGUCAUAAACUCCUACCAACAAAAUGGCCAUUUAUGAAUAUUACAUAUAUACACAUUACGUGGUGUUAUUCAUCCAGGUAAACUAUACAAUGUUAGCCAAGGGUUCAGAAAAAACAUGUUUUUGCUAAUCAAGAUCUAGAAUAUGCCAAAAUGUUUGUUAUACAUGUAGACAUCAUCAUAUCAAUUAAUAACAGAACUAACAUUUUAUCUCACCUGGCCUAAUGGGCCACAUUAGCUAUUUUCAUCACUUUCCAUUUGUCAUCCGUAAUUUUCUUUAAAAAUCUUCUCCUGAAACCCCUCAAUAAAUUGGAACCAAAGUUCAUCUACUUCAGCUGUAGGAUGUCUACUUUGAAGUUUGUGAUUUUAUUCCAGGUUGAUAACCAACAUGGCCACUGUAGCUAAAAAUAGAAUGAAGGGGUCAAACUACAGUUUUUUGCUAAUAUCUAAAAACUAUAAUAGCAAAUAAAGAAAAACUGAUAGUAGUAUUAAAAUGGUCUGCACCAAAAUUCUAUCAAUUAUAACAAAUUGCAGUUUGAUCAGAAUUUUAAAUGAACUGCAAUAGGUGGAGAGCAACACUGAUUAUUAAGCCACAUUAAGAUAAAUUCUUGGACAAAAUAUACAAUUAGUUUAAACAAAUUUUAUUGUUCAAACUGACAAAUAGAUCAGACAGCUUAGUAAUGUCUUCUUCAAAUAUACAAUUUACUCAUACACUCUUACAUUACUUUUUUCCUAUCAUAUUUUGUUAUUGAAUUUUUUGUUUUGCCAGGAGAAUAAUUGCAGACAAAAAACCUGCAAAAAACACCUCUACACAAAUCACUGCUUUGUUUAUAACCUUCAAUGGUGGUAGCAGAAGUGCUUUGGUUUAGUGCUUUUCCUAAAAGGUCAAAAAUUGAAUAUUUCAAUAUAAGAUAGAAAUACAGCUUGAUCUGUACUAACAUUGUAAACAAAACAGAUUUAAUAAUGUCCCAAUGAAAUUUAUUACCGUAACAUAUGAAAUCCAGAAAUGUUUGUCUAUAUAAUAUAAUCUAUCUGUAUUUAUAUAUACUAUUAUUCUAUUUUGAAGAGAAAUAAGUUGACAUAUUGAAUAUUUUCAUAUUCUGUUUGUUUAUUAUAUUAAAAGUGAAGUCUUCGGUUGUUUAUACAUACAUACUUUAAUAAUGUACCUUUUUAAUCAUGAUUAUACAUAUUGAUGGAAAUAAUGUAGCAGGAAUCUUAAAGGAAGUGAAUGCCCUAACUAUUUUUAGUGAGUGAUAUCUGUUUUAAUAAUGUAUCUUAUAAUUGAAAAAUUUUAAUUACUGUGAGUUUACAAUACCAACAGGUUGAUAUGAAGCAAUAUUUAAAGGUUGAACAUUUAUAAUUAUUUCAUUCUGGUUACAAUGAAGAGAUUUCCAUAUCUCUUAAAAGUGGAGAUAAUCUAGUUUUUGUCAUAAUCUGAUUUCAUUCUCAUGCCUCAGCAAUUUUUGUUUUGAAGGUUGUAUACAUCUCUGUUCAUAUAAAUGUGCAAAUGAAGUUUAAAUGUAAGUGUGGAAUGAGCAUCAGCAUAUAAUGUUCUGUCUGUGAAAGUAAAUGUGUGAAAGUUUGUGAUGUUUUAGUAGCAUGCAUACAUAUGAGCAGCCUGGAUAUCCUUUUAAAUUAAUUGUAUAAACAAUAAAAAAAUUUAAAACAACAAGCAGUUUCUGUAAUGUUAAAUAAAACAAAGUAAACUUAA